AGUAAAUGUGAGGCUUCCGUUCGAGGAGUUUGUGUAUCGUCGAGAGAGCGCGUACAGGCGCAUCGUACACAGAUAAGUUGUUCGCACCCUCGGCGACGUCGUUGUCGCCGUUACGGAUCGUCGUCGGCAAACCAUCCCCCGGGCGUCAACAUGCCGCUGAGCAUCGGCGUUAACCUGCGGGUAACCGGCCACUGUAACCAGGGCGGCCGCAAAUACAUGGAGGACAUGUUCUGCGUGGCGUUCCAACCGACACCGGACGACAAGGACCUGGAGUACGCGUUCUUCGGGAUCUUCGACGGCCACGGCGGCGGGGAGGCCGCGACCUUCGCCAAGGAGCACCUCAUGGACAUCAUCGUUAAGCAGAAGAACUUCUGGAGCGACCGCGACGAGGACGUGCUGCGGGCGAUCAGGGACGGAUACAUGAACACGCACUACGCGAUGUGGCGGGAGCUCGACAAAUGGCCAAGAACUGCGUCCGGACUGCCGUCCACGGCCGGGACAACCGCCAGCAUCGCCUUCAUACGGAAAGGCAAGAUAUACAUAGGCCAUGUGGGAGAUUCCGCUAUCAUUUUGGGCUAUCAGGCGGAGGGCGAUCCUCAGUGGAGAGCAAAAGCGCUGACGAAGGAUCACAAGCCGGAAAGCGGGCCGGAGAUGACACGCAUACAAGAGUCGGGUGGAAAAGUGGUUAGUAAAUCUGGUGUCCCAAGAGUUGUGUGGAAUAGGCCUCGCAUUGGACACAAAGGCCCAGUCCGGAGAUCCACUCAUAUGGAUGAAAUUCCAUUCCUGGCAGUUGCCAGAUCUCUAGGUGACUUAUGGAGUUACAAUUCCGAAUUGAACACUUUUGUGGUCUCUCCCGAACCAGAUGUAAAAGUUAUUCCAGUCGAUGUUAAGUCGCACCGUUGUCUUAUUUUUGGUACCGAUGGCCUAUGGAAUAUGUUAUCACCCCAAGCUGCAGUAGCUAUUGUUCAAGCCACAGACAGACAUAAUGAGAAACAUUUGAUAGCAUCUCAGCAGACUGGUGGACAAGCUGAUAUGGCACAAAUGUGGAUAAAUCCUUCGAAAAGUCUUGUGGAUCGUGCCUUGGAGAGAUGGUCGUCAACAAGGUUACGAGCAGAUAAUACCAGUGUUGUAACAUUAAUGUUAGAUCCAUCGGGACCAUGCCGUAGCGAGGUACUAUUUAAUCAAAAGAAAGAUCGUGUUAUACAUCACGGAACGAACACGCCAACUACGACGAAAGAGUCGGAAAACGUCGAGACAGUCAGUCCAAAAGUUAUGACGCCAUGUAUGCCAUGUAUACCGCCGCCAAGCGCUUCCACGGAUCUUGACAUCGAUUCCAAACAACCGGACUCGUCGAACGGAAAUGAAGAGACUGUCAAUCGGAUGUCACAGCCGGAGACAGUUUCGUGUCCUGAAAAAUCAAUUCUGUCAGAGAUUGAUACUUCAUCGGAUUUACGAGAGACCGUGAUAGACAAGAGUGUCGAAACUAUCGAUAUCGAGGAUAUUCAGGUCGCCGAAAUCUCCUCCAGUCAAAUGCCAGAAGAAUCCGGAGAUUUGGAAAAUAAGAGAACAAGUGAAAUCAAUCACGAGAAAUUGGAACACUUAGAAAACGGAAAAAAGCAAAUAGCUGAACGAAAUGAAAACGAGAAAACAAAGGAUGACGACGCGCAAACUCCGAUCCAAACAACCCUAAAAUCGAAUAAAUUUACUGAGCCCAAGGAAAUCGUAACCGAGACAGGAGUAUCCGUGACGCGACAGAACACGUUUUCUGGAGUGAACGAGGAGGCGCUUCAACCUGCUCCCCUUGUAAGCAGGCUACGUCGAAGCGGCAUCGUUUCCAUUAAGAGUAACAGUUUCGAUAACGGCGAAGUGAAAAACAUCCUUCUGAACGGAUCUAGGCACAAGCAACAUCCUUUGUUUUCCGCGAGGGCGGACGUCAGAACUAUAAAACGACGACACAGUCUAAGCACCCAGGCUCAAAAUGCUUUUGCUGACGUCACACCGACGGCAGAUUCGAAAACUUACGUGAGCAUGAAGUCGCGAUACAGUAGAGUAACAAAAUCAUCGGUUGUAGAGAGCACGAUGGUGGAGGAGACGACGACGAAGAGUGCAUCGAAGACGGCCAAUUGCGUCAAUAAUAAUCAUAAUCAUAAUCAUAAUAGUAAUAGUAAUAAACGUAGACACAGCGCAAUCACACAGACAUCGGUUUCGUCGUCCGGAGUUGAUGACAGUUACGCGCAGCAAGAAUCUUGCGCGAAGAGGAGGACGCGUUCCGAAGACCAACGGCAUAGUCCUACGGAUGAAAACAAUCCAGCUAAUCAAGCGGUAGAAAAUGCCAAUGCCCGAUUAAGUUGGCUCACGUCGGACAGACGAUCGGAUUCGUCAAUGAACGGCGCCACUUUGACGACGCUCUCCUCGUCAUCGAAUACGUUCCAACGUAGAAGUUUAGGCAAAAAAGCUACACCUGUUAAAACCAUUAGGAGAUCGUCUAUCAACAGUUCGACUCGACUGCAACAUCUAAGAGGCAGUUUUGGCCUAAGGGAUUGGGACCAAGGAAGAAAUAACCGUGCGAAUAGCUGUAACAGUAGAAGGACAUUAAAUAGGACAGUAACGGUAAUUGGUCCUACGGACACGACGAUACCACAGCGAUGGCUAAGAUCAGACACAAUGGCAGCAACACCUGUGAAAACAUUACGUUCGCGUAACGUAGACAUCGACGGGCACACAAUAUCCGCGCAAUUAGUUCAUCAAUACGGAGUAGUGAAGCAAAAUCGAUUGCAUCUACCAAACAAGUUAAAGCAGCCCGCGAACAGUGGGUCGCUGCAAUCGAGUAGAGUCAGGUCUUCCUCAUUGUCAGCCAGUAAACUUAAACAAACGAACGGUAACGGUGGAAGCGUGAGUACUUGCGCGACCAUAAAUGCCUCGACAGCAGGUUCCACAUCUGGUAUAGCUAAGAAAGUCAAAUCACCGUAUAAUCCUAGUGCUCGAUCCCUGAGCACGCGAUCUCGAAUCAAACGUCUUGGAAAGUAAGAAGACGAUUAACGGCUGUAGUUUUGUGCGAAUUCGCGAAUUUACUAGGGUAUUACUAUUCUUACCCUUCAUUUAUUAUCUGCGAAUCAUCUAGUUACAGUAUAAAAAAACGAUUGUUACAUGCAUUUUGUCUUUAAAACUUUCCCCACUUUUACCUUUAAAACUACAUAUAGGCUUAUAUUCAGAAUACGCUUUAUAAGCUGUGAUAUUUUUGUAAUUUUAUCUUUGUCUUAUGUCUAAUGAACGGAUAACGAUAAAAUGACAAAAAGUGUGCUAACAUUUUUAGAAACGUAUUCUGAAUACAGGCCAUUCUCUUUUAUUGGAAAUGUUUACUAUGAAUGGGGCCUGAGCACUCUAUAUAUAUUUAUAGUUAUUGUUAUUUCGUUUUCAGUGUAGAAUGAAAUCAGAUAAAUAUAAAUUAAUUAAGCAUUUGCGUAGGUUUAUUUAGACGUGUUGAAAUUUGAUAUCGCAAUUUUUCGACACAAAUAUUUAUAUCUACUUGUGACAAUUAUUGAUUUACCGAAUGUACUAUUGUAUUUUGUUAUUGGACUUAUUUACACUAAUCUUUUAUGUUCGUGCGCGUACAUGAAGUGCAUACAUCUUUCAUUUUAUAAUAUUGCUUGCUGCAUGGAAAUAAAUUGUUGCGCUCUCCCAUUCUAUUUAUUAAACAUUUAUUAAUCAUUAAUUCCUUAUAAAGGAUAUACUAUCUAUAUCGAUUAAAAGAAAUGGAACUAGUCAUUCUUGAAAAAAUGUCGUUAUAUUCAAAAUUUUCUAUAUAGUUUACAAAACUGUGCUUUCACAAUUUCUGACGGAAGAUUAUACGUUAUCUCUUACAUAGAAUACUGAAAAUGCUAAUUUACAAAGUGUUCGUACAUUUAAGGCAAGUCAAUUGGCAUAUAUGUAGAAAGCACAGUUGCGGGAUGAUAAAUUGUAAAUUAUUGCCACGACAAAAUUAUAACAUAAAUAGGGAAAAAAGAUAUUCUCAAUCUUUUGUAUGCUUUCCAAUAUUCGCGUAGACUAGCAAAUGUUACAUAGGACAAAAAAUAUGAAAGUAUAUAGGCGUAAAGUAGCCUGACAAUAAGAAGGUAUGAUUGCAUAUGAAGACAUGGUCCGUAUGCAUAUUUCAUAUUAGCACAUUCUCAGUGAUAACUAUUGUUUGCGAUAGAACCGAUUGUUUUUAGAUUGAAGGUGACCAAACGCAAUAGAAUACUGAAUACGGAACGCGAAUGCGUGUAAAGUUGUGCACACGCGUGCAUUCCUAGAAACAGUUUUCCCCCAUUGAUUCCACUUGAUCACAGUCUUCGACGAUAGCUCGGGCAAUGAAUUCGCAAGCCAAAAAGGCACUGUAUUUAGAGAACACUUAUGAUUAAGCAUUGAACUAUUUUCUAGUAUGUAGUAUAUGCAAUCACACUGAUAUGCCUUGGCUGAGUAUGGAGUGGUUGUUAAACAAUUCCGUGUAAAUAGAAUUGUAAGAAAUAAUAUACAGUUAAGAUUAAUUGGCAGCUUUUAUCUUGCGAGUACAUUAAUAUCAGUUAUAUAAAUUGUUGGAUAGAUGAAUGUCUGGAAAAAAGAUUUAAAUUCAUAUCUCUGGGAGAAAUUCCAGGCGCAUGUCUCGAAUAAAUGACCACUCUGUAUGAAGCACCAAAACGACUGUUUACUAUGUGUUAUAAAAGUUUAGGAUUAUACUUAGGCGUGAUACAUUUAAAGCACAGCUAAAAACCGAGGAAUUUAAAAAAUUUCUAUUGGUACGAACAAUUGUACAAUAAUUAUGUUCCAAAUGCAAAUGUGCACUCUCAUUCUAGUGAUCUAAUAAUUAAGUUGGGAGUAAGAAAGAUUUAUAUCUGAUAUAAAUAUCUGACAUUAAUAUAUAUGUAUAUAUAUAUGUGUAUUAAUAUCAGAAUAUAAAAUACAGCGUAUAAUAAUCUUCUAUAUCAAUUUUUAGAAUUAUAUCUUAUUUUGUGCAAAACGAGAACGAUUCAAGAUGAAUAUCCAUUUGGUUAUACAGAAAUUACGCAUAACGCGUUUAUUUACAUUUUGUGGAAAUUCGCUGUUUAAGUUUCGCUUAUUACGGAUGUACAUCAUUUCCUGUUUUGUUUGAAUUACUUUUGCAUCUACUAAAAAGAAUGUUUCAAAGCAAGGAUCAGAGUAACGAAAUAGAAUACAUGUAUCGAAAUUUCAGAAUUAAUUCACUUUAGAAUUUAUACAUUUCUAAAAAAAGAAGAGAAAAUAAAGAAAUACCGAUGAAAUAUAUUAUAAAGUAUGAAAUGUUAACCACAUAUAUUUAUCGAUAUCAUCGAAUAUUUAUUUAUUAAUUAGCUUUUAAAGAUGAUUCGAUUCUCUGUGUAAAUAAAAUCCAGCGAAUAAUAUAUGCUUGGAGAAUAUCGUUUGAGGGCUGCUUAGAGAAAAAUAAUAAAACGAGACGACUGUAUCGAAUAUAAGACCAAAAAAAAAAAGAAGAAAGGGAUGACGCGUGCCUACAAUAGUUACCACUUGCGAAUAUAUAUGUGUGUGUGUGCGCGUGUAUGUUGCAUGUAUGCUUAGAUAAGGGAUUAUAUCUCCAAGAAAAGUUUCAAAAUGGAACGUUUUGAAGGGCAGAGCCGAGUUACCGAGGAGAGAAACAUUAUGUAUUAGUUAACAGCGAGGAUUUAUUUUAAAGAGUAUUUAUCUUUUUUUUUGGUGCAUGCCCACAGGUCUCACGCUGCAUGUAAAUACGGUGUUAAUAGACGUAUAUAUAAAUACUGAGAGAAAUUGUAUAGAUAAACUUUAAGUGAUUAUGCGGCAGACAGCAAGCCGCCCCGGGCUUAGCGUUCGUCUAUUAAAACAUUGUGGGGGAGGCGAAGAUCAAAUAUAUCCCCCCACGCAAGCUCGUAGAUUUAUCAUUUGUUACAUCGUAGAGAUAUGAUGAAACCGAAUAUUUUUUAAGAGGCGAAAAAUAAAGAGUUAUAUGGCAUGAAGCGUGAGGGAGAUGAAGGGAGAACUGUUAGUGAGAAGAAAAUAUAUAGCGAUUUAUCUCAGGUUAAGAGACUAUUGCGGGAGGGGGAGGGGGGUGAGUAAAUAACGAAGGAACUCGAACAAAUGUGUGAUCACGUUUAUAUAAUCUGUAUAUUUUAAUUAAAUAAACUGAGAUAUACAAAUCCUAUUACU